GUCUGUCUUUUCUUUGACAGGUUGUGUUGCAAAGCAUUUUCUGCAUUUUUUGAAGAAUAAAAAGGAUGGUUUUGUGCUAAGAAGACAGAGAUGUAGUGAUUGAGAACUCUAGACCUAAACACUACCGGCACAGCUACCCGGAAACUGGAGUGUUAACCUGCACCCAUGGAAGGAAAGGGGCCGUAUCGUAUCUAUGACCCUGGUGGGGGAACGGAAAAGGGAGCAUCUGCUGCCUUUGAACGGCUGGUGGAGGAAAAUACCCGGCUGAAGGAGAAGAUGCAGGGAAUUAAGUCUCUAGGUAACGGGGAUCUAUUGGAAGAGUCUCAGUUAGAAGCCUCCAGGCUGCGUCAGAAAGUGGAGGACCUAGUGAAGGACAACGAAAUGCUAAGGUCCACCUCCUCUCUUGACAAACUUGCGGAAAUGGCAGGAGGAAUCCCAGAUCUUUGCUCCUCCUCAGAGGUUCCAGGUGAAGAUCAGAAGGAGAUGAAGAAACCCACACAGAAGCCACCCAGCAGUGGAUCUUCAUCUGAGUUUGAAAUUGUUGGAGCUGAAGAUAAGAGGUCUUCCCAGGGAAGCACCGGGAAAUCGGACAUUGAGCCACUUCAGAACGAGGACGGCAACCUGAUGCUGCACCUCCAGCGCUUAGAGAACACGCUGAGUCUCUUUGCUGAGGAGUCAGACAAAACGCAGCUCUUUGCCCACCUGGGGCGCAUGGCUCUGGAGUUCAACCGGCUGGCCUCCAAGGUGCACAAGAACGAGCAGAGAACAUCCAUCCUUCAGGUUCGAAGGCUGCUGGCCUUGUGUGAGGAGCUGCGGAACGAGAAUGAGGAGCUAAGGGCAAAGCUGGAGAAGGAACUGGAGCAAAGGAACCAGGUUUCAGAGAAGCUGAGGUGUGAGAAUCUGGAGCUCAGGAAGAUGGUGAUGAUGGGCAGCAAAGAAGGAGUCAAGGCAGAAGGCGUAGAAUGUGCUGGACAGCAACAGAAGGGGGCCGCAGAGGAGAAAGCCACAGGGAAAAGCAUGUUGGGGUCGAGUGAGAAGAAAGUGAAGAUCCUCGAGCACCAGCGCAACGAGCUGCUGGAGGUAAAUAAGCAGUGGGAUCAUCAUUUCCGGUCCAUGAAGCAGCAGUACGAGCAGAAGAUAACAGAUCUACGGCAGAAGCUUGCUGACUCCCAGAAAGCCCUGGGGGAGCUGGAGGCAGAACGAGAGCAGAAGCAGAGGGAUUUUGACCGUAAGCUCCUGCUGGCUAAAUCCAAGAUUGAAGAGGAGGAGGCAGAAAAGGAGAGACUUGCCGGUGAGGUGAAAGACCUAAAACAGAGGGUGAAAUUCCUUCAGGAUCAGUUGGCUCCAGUCAGCAGACAAAGGGAAUACCAGGAGAAGGAGAUUUUACGGCUUAACAAGGCCUUAGAAGAGGCCCUGAACGUUCAAGCCUCUGCUCCUUCCCCAUCGGCCUUCAACAGCCCCAUUGAGCCUGGAGCAUCUAUCCGGCAUCAGGAGGUGGUGACCCAGAAUGAGCUCCUAAAGCAACAGGUGAAGAUCUUUGAGGAGGACUUUCAGCGGGAGCGGAGUGACAGAGAAAGGAUGAAUGAGGAGAAGGAGGAGCUGAAGCAGCAGCUGGAUAAGCUUCAGAAGCAGUUGAUGCUCACCAACAACCAGCUGCAGAUUUUUAAAGAGGACUGUCGUAAAGAGAAGGAAGAGAAGGACAAGUUCAAGAAGCUGCUCAAGCAGCACAAACAGCAUUCUGGUGACAGGCUUCAUCCAGAGCCGCAGCCAGGACCGGUGGCCCCAGUCUGCCCCAUGUACCAGUUCCAGUGCCCCACUCCAGUCCAGCCCCACAUGUAUCAUGGUUACGAGGAGUGGCAGCAGAUCCGUUACCCACCAACGGCGAUGCCAAAUGAGCGUCCUCCAGUUCAGAACUACCACAGAUUCCCUCCUCCAGAAUAUACCUGGUAUCCAGCAUGUGUUAUUUCACAAAAUCAGAACGCGCAAGCGCCUGACGGUGGGAAACAACUCCCCAAGGAAUCGGACCCUACAGGCCUUGGGUUACCUAAACACCAAAGGCCUGCCUAACUCUAAGGCCAUGGGCAAGAGCAUAAAAAGUGGAGUUGUGAUAUAUGCACGCGAGUCUGCAUGUACAGAUAAAAGCCUCCUUGUGCUCCUGGACACUAUUCACAUUUAUCUGUGUAUAUGGAAUACAUGUACACUUGGAUGCUUGAGCUAACAGCAGCUUUAGAAGGAUAUUCUGAAGACGUAUGGAAGAUACUGCCAAGGAGUGACAGUGGCCCAGUAUUAUGGGGAAAACCACUGGAAAUAACUACCUGGGUCUCCCUUUCACUCACACUCAGCAUUUGGAUGAAUAACUCUUUCUGACCUCAAAGAUUCAACUGCCAUGGAUCCGCUAUCAGAUUCCAGUGGCAAACACUGGCAGCCGUGUCUCAGCAGAACCUAUAUCUAGCUGAUUCCCCCUGUGAUGUGACAGCUUUACAUUUACGGCAUCUGAAUUUGGUGGCAGCAGAACCAUUCUAUGUGCAAAGUGACUUCCGCAGAGCAGCUGUUGUCACCAAUGCCUGGACAGGUUAUGGACACUGAAUUUUUGCAAGGGGGUAGGGAGAAGGAGAAAUCCAAUCCCUGUAUAGUGUAUAGGAAGUAAAAUAUACUUUCCCCAUGCUGAAUAUAUUUUUUAAAUUUUGCAUAUCGAGUCCAGUGGUUUAGCCCAAGGAAACAUUAUGCUUCCACUGAGUUGUGCUGUUCAGCAUAGUUAAAACUAGUAUUUGUUUGUGUAUUGCGCCACAUACUCAGUUUAUACAUAUGCCUUAACUUACCCUCCUCUUAGUAUGCGGCAGCUCCUGCAUUGAUUUCCUGAGCUGAAACUCUGUUCCCGUCUCUUUUCGAUCCCGCGUAUGAAAUCGAACCCAUUUGUCUCAAUGUAAAUGUGGCCUUCAAAUAGGCUAGCAGGUUUUUCUGCACAGCUUCUCUCUCUCAACUCUUGAAGACAGCUUGCUGGACUAGAUGGACUUCCAGUCUGAUCCAGCAAGGCAGUUUUUAAAUGAUUCCUGAUGGACUGGAUGUGUUAACAAUAAUAGCUCAUCUUUGGCUGCAUCCACUUUCCUUGGCAUAAGCCCCCUUGAGGCCAGUGAGAUUCACUCCAGAAUAAGGUUGUGCUGUAAAUGUGGUAGUUUUGUAAAAAAUGAAGAAGAGUUGCACUCUGGUGCAGGGCAAUAGUGACCAGCAAAGGCUUUUGAGGAAUAUGUGUUGCAUAAAAUCAAAGUUAAAAACUCUGCUAUAAGUGGUACUGCUGAUGUUACCACUGUUUUACAUGAGUCGGAAGGAAUCACAGCUGUGUGACCACCGGUUGCAUGAGUUGUGGUCAGCUGUGUUGCUCUUAAAAGAGCAUUGAUGGUGUAAUGAAACAGCUUGGAUGCAAUUGGGGCUCAGCUUUCUAUAGGCAUUCUGCACACUGGCUUCCUCCCCAAUCUCCUCCUAGGGAUGAUAAUCCCUAAGGAAACAAAGGUGCCCUUUAUUUCGACAUUUCUGUAAAACCUACACUUGUUUCAACCACAGAUUGCUUUAAAAAAACUGUUUUGAAAUGCUGAUCCAGCUAACCUAAUUGUCAUAAACAUUUCUUUCAAAGUGUGCUAUGCAAGAGGUGGUACAAAUGGCUGGUUACAUGCUGCUGUAAUAACUGGAAUACUCCAAUGUAGGAGUGUACCAGGGGUUGGCCAGGUUGGCUCUCACCUAGGGUGCAGGCCCAGGGUGGCACCAAAACCGUGCCCCUCCAUUCUGGCUCUCUGCCCAUUGGCGCGUUCCCUGGGCCACUCCUCCACUGCUUUGGGUGGCUGGACGAGGUGCACAGACUACUCUGGGCACCUCGGCAGGUCCCCGGUGUGAGCUUGGAGGGAAGAAAGACACAAGUUGCAAGAGGAGCAAAAAGGAAGGAAGGAAGCAGUGAGUGUAGGGUGGAAGAAAGGCAGGUAGGAAAACAGAAGGAUCAAUGGAGGAGGUGGUAGUAGGGAAGCUGAGCAAAGCAGACUCGAUCCUGAUGGCCGCAAAGGAAGUCAGUAGUGGAGCGUGGAAGGCAAACUCUUUGAGUUUCUGGUCCAUGGUAUCUCCUGGCUCCAGAGGUGCCAAUAGAGCUCCUUGCCAAGGGUGCUAGGGAACCUAGGUAUGCCUCUGCUCAAAUGGUUAAUGCCUGGGCUCAUUUGAAACUAGAUGGUCAGCCAUCAAACUCUGCAGGGAAAACUCUUUCCUUGGGAAGUAACCAUAAAGGGUGGUCCUUUUUUCUCACAGAGGGAAAUAAUGACAAUUUACAAAAUGUUACAUUGCAAGAUAAAUGCAUACCACCCCAAACAUAGAUGUUUUGGCAGGGGCACUUGUAACCCCCCUUUUCUUUCCGUCAUAGGAAAGAAAGAGGUGAAGGAAAGCCUGAUUAGAAUUUACUGUACACAUCACUCUAAAUAGUAACACCUAGUAGUUUUGCUUGCCUUCCUAUUGUAUAAAUGUUAGAGACAUUUUGUUUCGGCAAAAUGAUAUUAAUUAUAUAUAUUAAUUUUAUUCUAUUCCUAAUAAAGUGUGAUUCCCCCCUCCCUUGUGAUCUACAGUCCCCGGAGUGUCAUGUCGAAGUGAAAUGUGUCUGUGCUAUGUGGUGCUAUUUAUUAGAUGCCUUUUGGAUUGACACAAAUGAAAAAGAGGACGAGUGUCAGGGCGUUGGGUAUUUCCCUUCAUCAUCUGUAAGAAAUAAUUCCCUGCACAGCAUAGAUGGCGAGCCAGUAGUCCUCUGAAUGUUGGACCCAUUACCACCAGCCAAUAUGGGCAAUGGUCAGGGAUGAUGGGAGUUGUAGUUCAGCCACUGGUUAGCUACCCCUGAUCCACAGUGCAAAAAGUGAAAGAGAAGAUCCACGUUCUCUCUGUGUGUGUGCUUGUGUAUUUAAUCUUCUCUUUGAAUCUAUAUUUGCAUGAAGUGAAUUCACCAAGGGGAAACUGCCUGAACUAGGGCAACUGGAUACAGAAUGGAUUCAGGAUGUCGGAUUCUAAUGCUAUCACACAGUUCUGCAGUGGGAAAGCUGGUUUCGUUUCUUCGACAGGGACAGUUUUUAGUAUGAUAACGCAGAGCAAAAAAGGAUGAGCUCUAACCAGAAACCCCUUCUAUUCCAUUUUCACCUAAAUAGCAAAUUCAUUAGGUUGCCUUAAGCAAGCCACUCACUCUCUCUCUCGAUAUGGGAAGAAAAAUACUGACUCAGCUUAGAGUUGUCGUAAAGGAUCAUUGUGUGAAUGGCUUUCCUAACCUCUAAAUGCGCCCUAUAAAUUGGGGUGCCUAAUCUGUGGCUCUCCAAAUGCUGCUGAACCACAGUUCCCAUAAUCCCUGAGCACUGUCUGUGCUGCCUGGGAUGGAUGUGAAGGGCCUUGGCUUAGUGAGAAUGGUAGUGGCAGUAUAGACAAGCUCCCGUUUUGUUAAGACUGUAGCCUAGCUAGAGGAUCCAAUUUCUCCAAGGAACACACAUCUUGUAUUGCCACCAGAUCUGCACCCUUGCUAAAAGGAAAGUCUCUCACAAGUUGCAUUGAGUGCUUGCUGUUUUUAUUUUUAUUAUUAUUAUUAGGCAGGCUUUUUUUCAUACACAGGGUGGGUGUGGAAGCAAAAGAGGCUAGGAUCAUGGGGCUGAUCAGGAGGACUGCAUCUCUGCAAAGGUGAGUUGUGGGGCAGCACGAAUGCACUAGAAGAGCUGCUCCACUGUCCCUUCACAGCCUUGGGCUAAGUCCACCCUUUGGGAGCUUUCAGACCCAGCCGUCAUACUGAUGCGUCAUCUUGUCCCCAGAUCCCUCUCUCCUGUCAUCCACACUCGGAGGAAGCAGUCCCAUUUUUAAGAAGCUUCAGUCAACAUAACCUGGGAGGGUCUGUUCGGUUUGCUGUGGAAGGGAGGUGGGCUGUGCCUUAUCCAGAGCUGUCCAAAAUGUUGAUCCCACCUGUUAGCAAAAUAUCUGCCCAUCCCUAACAGGAGCAGUGAGAGUUAGGUUCUUAUAGCAAAGGGUUGCAAAUAAAGAUCUCUUGAGACGUGAUAGUGAUGUGAACCAGAGGCAACCAAUAUGGUGUUUUCUAGACCUUGUUGGGAUGUGACUCCUAUCAUUCUUGACCAUUAGCCAUGCCUGAUGGGACUGAUGGAAGUUUUAGUCCCAACAAGAGCUGGAGAGCACCAUGUUGGCUGCCCUGAUGGAAGCACUAGUCUGUGAAAGCUUAUGCCACCAUAAAUUGGCAUAAUUGAGUUAUAUAGAUAGAAGUGAGUGUGGUUUGACUUAUAAAGCCUGAUGGCUAAAGACUGCUGAAUAUAUGGUAUAUUUGCAUAUAAAUAUGUUAACAAAGAGUGGGGAAAGAGGUCCCUCCCACACUUUUAAUGGUGCAGUAUCAAAACCAAAUGACUACUUUGUGUGUUGUAAUAUACAGUGAUACCUUGGUUCUCAAACGCCGAAAACCUGAAAGUAAGUGUUCUGGUGUUAGAACAAUUUUUGGAAGCCGAACAUCUGAUGCGGUUGUUGGCUAUUGUUUCUGGGGGAACCUGUACCAAUCAGAAGCAGAGCCUUGAUUUUCAAACAUUUUGGAAGUCAAACAGACUUAAGGAAAGGAUUACCGUAAGUUUGGCGCUUUUGUUUUUGCUAUUUAUUUUGCGUUUUUGUUUUUGAGCCCUUUUUGGUUAAUUUGGUUUGUGACUGUGUGGAACCCAGUUCAGCUAUUGAUUGGUUGAUUGAUUGAUUGUGUGACUACAGAAAUGGACAAAAGUCCCCCAUCCAAACAAUGACUAGCGUCAAUGCAGGUAAUUUUUUUUAAAAAAAAUCAUCUACAAUAUGCCUUACUUAUUUUAUAGUACAGUAAUUGAUUAUUGCUUUCAUUUUAUGGAUCAAUGGUCUCAUUAGAUAGUAAAAUUCACAUUAAAUUGCUGUUGUAGGGGUUGUUUUUGAAGGUCUGGAAUGGAUUGAUCCAUUUUGCAUUACCUUCUAUGGGAAAGUGCGCCUUUGGAACGCUUUCGUUUUGGAACCAACUUCCGGGACGGAUUAAGUUUAAGAACCAAGGUACCACUGUACUCAGCUUUGAUCACAGAAUUGUAGAAUUGUAAGGGACCCCAAGGGUCGUCCUAGUCAGCCUCCCUGCAAUGCCACCAAUGUGCUGUGGUGGGCUCAAAGUUGGAGUGGUGGCAGGGAGAGAGCCCACUUACAACAUGGUGGGAGCAAAGCCCAUAGGGGGACUGGAAAGCUGAGGCCCACUUUCUCUUCCAGA